CAUUAAGCUUUCACGCCAUGCGCAGUGUAUACGCUCGUAGUAGUCUAUUGAGUUUACAUUAGCUUGCUGCACCUUAUUAAUAUUUCUACCUGUCCUGUUCAGCCGCCGUCUGUCUGAAUGAUCUGAAGCCCUGUAAACCCAUGAGCUGUCAGACUGCACGCUUCUGUUUCAGAAGUAUAGGGUUAUUUACACAGUGUGAAAGGAGCUGUGGGGUUGAGAAGUCCUCACUGUUUACUGGCGUUAACCAGCUGAGCCUACAGAGGAGCUUCUCUCAGAGUAAAAUGCCCAAAAAAGAUAAAACGAGUAAGAGCACUCAGAAGCAGCCGGAAACUCCAGCUGGUCCCGUUUCAACACUUAAAGACGGCCAGCUUGCAAUUUCAAUCCACGCUAAACCCGGAGCAAAACAAAAUGCUGUUACAGAUGUGUCCCCAGAAGCAGUGGGGGUCGCUAUUGCUGCACCACCGUCUGAAGGAGAAGCCAACGCGGAGCUGGUGCGGUAUUUAUCCAAAGUGCUGGAGCUGAAGAAAAGUGAAAUCGUGUUAGAUAAGGGUAGUAAAUCAAGAGACAAAAUCAUUAAAGUCUCUGCGUCUAUUAGUAAAGAGGAGGUGCUGGAAAAACUGCAACGGGAAGCUGCUAGCUAAGGGCACUAAGACUGCUGGAUUGUUCCCUCUUCUGUCCCUAAGCAAUUGACACUGGAAUCCUAAAGCAGCCUUUUACUCCUGGGGAUUUAUAUCUGACUGUAUAGUUCACAUAUUCCUGACCUCUUUGAUUAGGAGGAUAUUAUGUGUCGGAUUACAGUUGGAGUGUGUAAAUUGCCAAGAGCAAGACUUGGUAUCCCUUAAUGUAUCAGUAACAGUCUUUAUUUUGUGCCACACACAUUUCUUUCCAGUGGGAAUCGGUGAGUAUACCUAAAGAAGUGUGAUAUGAGUAAUGCACCGAUUUAAUGCAUAUCCUAGCUUUUGAGCUGUAGCAAUAUCUCUUGCUUCAUUUUUCAAACUUAUCAUGCUGGAUGGAAUCAACAUUCUGGGACAUUUCAAGCUCUCCAUGCUUUUGAUAUAAUUACUGUAUAUCAGUGGCUCGAUGCUUCUGUCUUUGAGUAAUGUGUUUAAUUAAGGAUAGACCUAAUGAGCAUAGCUAUUAGAGGAUUUCCAUUAAGAAAUGCACCCACCACUAGAUAACUUAAUUUAAAUUCCUUUUGGACUGUUCAUUUCCACAACACCAAAUAAAAGGGUUUUAAUUGUUUCAAAUUUAAAUAAUGGGAGUAUGAUUCAAGCUGGUUUUAGUAAUUAAACAUAAUGGAUUCAUUUUAAUAUUUUAUGAUUUUUGUCUUGGGCAUGUUUAAGGUGAUAAGGAUAAAGGCCUUAAAUGUUCUUUUUUAUUUCUUUGUUUUGUUUUGUUUUUUUUUUGUGAAAUUUCAGUACAGUAAUGUAAUGUUUAUCAAUUCAGUAACAUUAUUUAAAUUAUAGGAGGGUUGGUUUUACAUCAACCAGAACAUAAAAAUUACAGAGAACACCAAUUUAAUUUUUUUUAUCACUCAUAACCAGUGAGCACAAAUAAAAAUAUGUUCCACUCCAAUGACUGUAUGUAUCAUAUAUAUGCACACUUAAGCAUACUUAAAACAAAUGUGGCAUCAAUUAAUAGUUUAUAUUUUACACUCUGCUUUAAUUACAUAAUUAAUUAUGUUAAUAUAUAUUACAACAUGAUUUUGUUAUCCUUCUUGAGAGAUACUUGGGUGUCUAUGAGUUAAUAAUGCAGACAGGAGACUGUAGCACUGUUUUCAGAUUUGUUUUCAAAUCAGUUUUCCAGUGAGGAUGUAAGGAAAAUGAAUGAUAUGCAGCAUAUACAGUACAGGUACCUUCUCAUUCAGUGUUUUUCUUUAUUCCGUUAUUUCAUUUAUUUUCUACAUUGUAGAAAAAUAUUACAUCAAUAAGACAUAAAAACAUUAAAGAACACAUAUGGAAUUAUGUCGUAAACAAAAGAAAUUUGGUACAACCCUGACCUAAACCCAACUGAGAUGGGUGAUUUGGAAUAGGAUGGAGCACAGCGAAAAGGAAAAGCAGCAACUAUUAUUAUUUAGCACCUCCAGAAACUCCUUUAAGAUGCUGAGAAAAUCAUUUCAGGUGACUCUACCUCAUGCAGACACUAAGAAAAUUCCAGUGUGCAAAUCAGUCAUCUAAAUGUAUCUAGAUUGUAAAACAUAUUCUGGUUUGUUUAACACUUUUUGUGUACAAAAUAGUUCCACAUGUGUUUUAAGUAUAGCUUAAAUUUACAAUGUAAAAAAAAUUAAACAAAGAAAACACAUUGAAUGAGAAGACGUGUAUCCAAACCUUUGACUGGUACUGUAUGUAUCAUAAUUUUUAAUACACUGAUGAACGUUAUGAAAACUGUAUUCAUGCUGUCUGCACUACUGACAGGCUUCAUACAUCUCUCUAUGGAUGCAGAAUAAUGACACAUCUGGAUCCUAUGAAUGUGAUUCAUGUUAAAAUUAUGGUUACAUCACCAAGCCAUCAAACAUCUCAAAAGGUGGGCCAAUGGAAUGACAUCUAGACCGAGGUGUUCCUGCAUUUAAUAAAACUGAAUUGAAUUUGCAGGUUUAAUUAAUUUCUUGUCAAUCAGAGAGUGACCUUUUACCAAACAGAAGUCUGUUAAGGUGGUUUGGGAAGGAAAGGCUGUUCUUGUUACUGUUCAGAAUGAAGGAGAACAUAUUAAAAGAAAUGAAUCCA